AUGAAUGUACAGCUAACUAUUGGAGCUCUUGUUGUCAACUUUCUUCAAGGAGCAUCCCUUCGAUUCAUAGGAAUGGACGACAUCACUCCGAAAAUGUUAUACGUGGCUGUCAACAAUAGUGAUAUGUUCGGACCACCACGAUACAGCGAUCUGAAUGCAUUGUGUACGACUGGGGAACGGAGGAACGAGUUGGAAGUGAACACAGCGGAAGACUCUUCGACGCUUACUUCAUUUGCAAGUUCUGAUGUUCUUCUCCUGGAUGAGCUUCCUACGGAGGUAGAUGACAUGGUGGAAGGUCGCAGUGAUGAACGAUGUGUCGGAAAUGCUAAUUUUGCAGCACAGUGUGUUGCGGAAACCAAUGCCAGCAAUUUGGAGGGUUGCAAAGAUCGCUGCUACAGCAGCUUGGAACUCGAGCCCGAUGUAACAUUAGAAUGUAAAGGGUCGCAGACUGAAGGAGAGGAUGCGACAUCAGAGACACGAAGCAUAAUAACUAAUGCUGCUGAUAUGAGUGACAGUCUCCUUUCUGGACGUGUUCAGCUUAAUCUUGUCAGAGAUUCGUUUAUUUGGCAGCUGACAGCUGGACAACCUAUUCCCAAAGACACCAUAAUCAUGCCACUCUACGGGCAGAUCUCAUUCAGCCAGAAAGUC